UCCAUGUUGUACUUCCCAAGAAGGAAAAUAUUAUCUCGCUUGAGGUUUAACGAGUAUGGAGCAUGUUAGCAUGAUUAUUGUGCAUAAUUCUUUCUUUCAGCUGGAAUCUGAGCUGACUGCACGUCAUGAAUUACAAGUUGAAAUGAAGAAGAAGGAAAGUGAUUUUGAGGAAAAAAUUCAAAAUUUACUUCAGGAGAAAGAAACAGUGGCAGCUGAGAAACAGCGUAUUACCUCAGAGAAGCAAAACAUAGAAAUUAAUAGCUCUUUGUUGAGUGAUGAGAUCGCUCUACUGACCAAAGAACUUGAAGAACUUAAAAAGAAAAUGAAGCAUGUCAUUUCAUCUACGAGUUUCCCAUCACAGCAACCAUUACCUACUGAGACAGAAAGUCACCAAAUCCCUGGGAUGUCAGGGUCGCCCCCUCCUCCACCACCUCUACCUGGAAUGUCAGAGUUGCCACCACCACCUCUGCCUGGGUCCCCCCCUCCCCCACCACCCCUUCCUGGGGUGCCUGGGGUUCCCCCUCCCCCACCACCCCUUCCUGGGGUGCCUGGGUUGCCCCCUCCCCCACCACCUCUGCCGGGCAUGGCAGGGUUACCACCUCCACCUCCGUUUGGGAUACCAAUGCCGCCACCACCUCCCACUCUAUCUGGUUUUGGAAUUAUGGCAACCCCAACUCUUCCAUUUGGAUUGCCUCCCAAGAAGGUUUACAAACCAGAAGCUCAACUUAGGAGAACUAACUGGUCCAAGAUUACAGUACAGGAAUUAUCUGAAGGCUGUUUCUGGGUGAAAGCGAAGGAGGAUCGUUAUGAGAGUGAUGAUCUUUUUGCCAAGCUAACACUUCGUUUCUCAACUGCACCGACCAAAUCAAAAAAGCAACCUGAGAGUGGAGAGGAAAGGAACCAAGCUAAGAAGAAAGUCAAGGAGCUGAGAGUGCUAGAUUCAAAAAAUGCUCAGAACCUUUCAAUUUUUUUGGGCUCCUUUCGCUUGCCUUAUGAGGAAAUCAAGAAUGCCAUCUUGGAGGUGAAUGAAGCUGUAUUGACUGAAUCCAUUGUGCAGAAUCUGAUUAAGUUAAUGCCUGAACCAGACAAAUUGAAGAUGAUCGCAGGACUAAAAGAAGAAUAUAAUGAACUAGCUGAGCCUGAGCAAUUUGGAAUUGUGAUUAGUUCAGUUUCCCGUCUGCUAUCAAGACUCAAUGCUAUACUCUUCAAGAUACAGUUUAAUGAACAGGUAGAAAACAUAAAGCCAGAUAUUGUUGCUGUUACAGCAGCCUGUGAGGAACUUCGCAAUAGUGAGAACUUCGGCAGUCUUCUCUCCAUUAUCCUCCUUGUGGGCAACUACAUGAAUUCUGGCUCCAUGAAUGCUGGUGCUUUUGGAUUCAACAUUAGUUUUAUUUGCAAGCUUCGUGACACAAAGUCAACUGAUCAGAAAAUGACCUUACUUCACUUCUUGGCAGAAACAUGUGAACUGCAAUAUCCAGAUGUCCUGAAUUUUCCUGAUGAUCUCAACCAUGUGGAGAAAGCUUGUCAAGUUUCUGCUGAAAUUUUGCGGAAAAAUCUGGACCAGAUGAACAAACAGAUUUCAGAUCUACAGCAUGAUGUUAACAAUUUUCCCAGUAAAACAGAAGAGAAGGACAAAUUUGUGGAGAAAAUGACCAGCUUUGUUAAGGAAGCCCAAGUACAGUAUGAGAAGCUACGAAUGAUGCAUGCAAAUAUGGAAAACCUUUAUAAGGAAUUAGGACAAUACUUCCUCUUUGACCCCAAUAAGAUAUCUAUUGAGGAGUUCUUCACAAAUCUGCGCAAUUUCAAAACUAUGUUUGUGCAAGCUGUGAAGGAGAAUCAGAAAAGGCGUGAGAUGGAGGAAAAGAUGCGCAGAGCUAAACUAGCAAAAGAAAAAGCAGAGAAAGAACGUCAAGAAAAGCAAAAGAAGAGAGAACAAUUGAUUGAUAUGAAUGCAGAAGGAGAUGAGACAGGAGUUAUGGACAGCCUACUAGAAGCCUUACAGUCAGGUGCAGCCUUCCGUAGAAAAAGAGGAGCACGCCAAGGAAACAAAAAUGUUGGCUGUGCAAUGACAUCAUUACUUGCUUCAGAGUUGAUCAAGGAAGAUGCUCUUGGUGCAAAAAAACCACGCAGAGAACUUAAAAAGGAUGAUGAUGUAGAGGUCACUGAAGAAACUCUUGAUGAAACUACUAUGGGGGCAAGCAGUCGUCAAAACUAGAGCUGGAUGACACCUAGGACCAGUGCCUUUGGCAUGAAACCUGUUUUACAGAGGAAUUGAAACAAUACUAAGUCACUUUGCAAUUUUCUCUUUCACACUUAUAUACAUGGAAUGAAGAGGCAAAUAACUUAAUCACUUCAGCCUUUGUCAUUCUAGGGCUGUUUUGCAAGAUCUUUAAAUUUGUAAUAUAUUCCUUGAAUCUUAAAUUUGCUUUCUGCCUUAUUGUCUCAGUAUCAGUAUCGGAAAUGCAAAGGUUUUUUCUGACUUAGUAACAUGCUUGGAACAAAGGUUGGGGCUUGUGCUGUAGUUACCUACUUCCCUGCAGGCAGGAUUGGGAACACAUUCCCAAGAAGAAAAAAUAUGGCACAGAAGAGAGGCUAAAGAUUGGAACCUAAUUUGCCCGAGUAUCUCACUGUAUUGAUGUUGCCAAAGCAGGAAUGCAACAAGCUGCCUUAAUUAUGACUUUUUCAAUGUUUUGAUUGGGCAUCUGCCUCCCAAGAUAUUUUUUUUUCUCAGAAGCCUUCUCUUCUUUAGUGUUAAAAGAAUGAGCUGAUCCCUUCAAGUAUAGGAGAGAGGAUUGUUGGAUAUCUUAGCUAGAUUUGUCUUUUUCCUUUGCACUGUAUAUCUUCUUUUCUCAUUGCCUAUCUUAUGCUGGGAACAAAAAUGGCUUAGAGAUCAUUUAAUCACUGUGGUGACAGGGUUCUGAGAAAGCAUUGUGGAGAAUUUUUUCUUUGAAUUGGAAUACUUUUACUGUUCUGCUCAGCUGCUCUACCCCUUUUUUAACACAAACUCUUACUAGUGAAAUGGUAAUAUCAAUGACCUAUCAAGAAAGAAAGUAAGGAUAGUUUGCUGUUGCUGACCUAUCCCUGCAUGCUUUUGAAGUAAGAUUAAUAAAGUGAUUUAUUCAGUCUCA